CUCUGCAGAUCCAACAGACUCUCUCUCUCUCUCUCCUCUCUCUCUCUCUCUCUCCGGUCGCUUCUCCUGCCGCCUCACACAUACAUGUUUUAUUCGUUGUUUGUCUCCGUUUGACAGGGAAACCUUGCAGGUGAAAAACAACCAGCACUCGGUUGCUCGCUGAGAAAUGUCUUUGGUAAAAUACCACCCGGUUUUCAUCCUCCUUUUGUGCCUACGAGCUGUUGCGGCCCACGUGGAGCCGCCAGCCAACGUUACCCUCGCGUGUCACAAUCUGCACAACGUUUUGAAGUGGAGUUACGAUCAAUUCGUGCCAGGGCUUGUGUUCAAGGUCACAAUCCGCUCAGUGUCAAGUUAUCCUGUCGUGCUUUUGGUGUCCCCACCAAGUCUACAGGCUAAUGUCUCCAUCUCGGAUAUAGGUAGUGACUACUUUCUUACUGUAUCUGCUGUGAUUGGACAGAAUGAGUCUGAUGAAGCUCCUCCUGGUGGAAUCAUUUUCAGCUAUUUCCUUAGUUCACCAGCACAACAGAAAUGUUCUGUCGACUUCCCACCAGUUACUGUCACUGCCCAACAGGAUGGCCCUGUCCACUUCCAAUUUAAGCAUCCCUGGUUGUUGUACUCGCAGAGGUUGGCUAAAAACUCGAAAAGUGCUGACGAAGAGUUCCUACCUGAAUUUCAGUACGACGUUGUGCUCGCCAACCAGGAGGACCUAAGCCAGAGGUUCUACUGUGAGGACGAUGUGUGUGAGGGGAAUCUCACAGUGGUCUCUGCACUGGAGAAACUCUGUCUGAAGUUCUCAGGCGAGAUGGAAAAAGUGUCCGUUCAGGCCACAGGAGAGUCCUGCACCGUGCCGGUUAGACGCCCACCAGAUGAGCGAAAAGAUUAUGUCUAUGUCAUCAUCAGCCUCUUGAUUUCGGCUGCAUUUGCCUUUGUCAUCUUCAUGGUGUACCGAAAAAAGACCAAUGCAUCAAGCUCCAAUUUCCCAAAAGUUAUGACUAUCACCAAUACACUGAAACAGAUCAUUGUGCAAGAUGUGGAGCCUAUCUCACCCACACCUCUGCUGUCAAAUGGAACGGUAGAGAAAAAAGAGAGAGAAUUUCCACCGACUCCUAUUUCCUCUCCUGACUAUGAAGGCCGUCUGCCCAUCGGGGUGUCGACUAAGGCUGAUGAGUGUGAUGUCGUGGAGGUAGGGACAGAAGAAGGACCUGGCUACAUGCCAGGAAGCAACUUGGAAGAAGAUGAUGCACAAUCCGUCAGCGAGCCCCCCUCUGGUUAUGAAAAACGUUCAGUGUUAGUCGACUUAGGGUCAGAUGACCAAGCUGAGGGUUACCGUGUUUGAAUGUGGAACUCAACAUUGUGAAUAACGCUGAAUAAUCCCGACAGCAACUUGUACGGAGUUCUGGUUACACGUUUCAAGAGGUUCAGUUUGUGUUAUUUCCUUGCCAGAGCAUAAGGAUGCCAAGUAAACAUAAUGCCAAGAAUAUAAGCCAUUGGUUCCAUUGCGACUAGAAUUACACCACUCAAAUGGCCUUACAGUUGUUAGAUAAAAUAGAUUAAUCCAACCAAACCAAAUCGGUCACCACAAUCUCAACUCUUUCUGCUAUUUCUGCCAUUUGUGUUAACCCCUAUGGUUGAAUCUGUUGCAAUCACAAACAUUUUAUGCAGUGCUAGUAUAUAAACACAUCCUAUUACCUCAUUUUAAUGUAUGAUGAAUUACAUUGCAUGGGGGCAAGCUCUACCACCAGGGUCACCACAUUGUAACUCAAAGGGUUUUAACUCUACUCAUAUGUUACAUAUUCACAUACUAUAGCUGCCAUGAUAACAUUUAGAUACUGUUUAAUAAAUAUCUGUAUUUCAUAUAGUAACAACUAUUUUCAUCUGUUGCAUGUUCCCAGCAUGCUGGGUGGUCAAAAUAGUGUUCACUGUAGACUAGUAAGUCUUAUGAUACUGCGAAUAUAAUAGUGUCCUCUUGCUUAUUUGCACUUGAAAUGGAAGUUAGAGCACAUUUAAUUUCUGUAACGUGAAAUGUACUGUUUGGAGCGGGUUUAAUUACAAGAUUGGUUUGGACGGAUUUCAAUCCUAAAAGGUCUGCAGUCUGUUUCCUCCUUUGCCUCUACUGGUAGAUCAGGGAGAGAACGAGGGAGGAAUGAGUAAAUUCUCCACUGGAAAUGCUGUUUUUAUAGGAUGUGUGGGGUUGGCCUUAAAUUAAAUUAGUUUAGAUAACGUAUAGACACCCCGAAGUUAAAGCUUAAAAUGUAUAGUUGUUACCUUGGAGAAAGGUAAACGACUGGCCCGGUUUUCAACAAACUUUGUGGAAGGGCUAACCACGGACAAAAUAUGGCCGUCUGGUACCUGCAGGCAGUGAAUCGCAGCAGCAGCAGAGGGGAGAGGACAGCUGAGGUAUGGCACUGCUACAGUGCCUUUCUGGUUAUAUAUUGUUUAAUAAGUAUGUUAUUGUUACUAUUAUUUGUUUUGUAUUGUGUUGAUAAGUUUAAGUUGUUGGUGUAUCAUAUUUACCUCCAACAAGGAGGAUAUGUUUUUGAAGGGAAUAACAGGGCGGAUACACAAAUUAUUUAUCUCUUUAGUUAACAUUGCGAGAUGGGGCAAAUGAAUGAUGUAAUGAGCUUAAUUCUUUGCACAUGCUCAAACCCGUCGUAAUUAAAGUGAAUGGUGUGCCUUAAAUAAACAUACAAUAAAACAUAAUAGUCCCCUCAAACAUCUCUGUAGAAACAAAAUACCUUGGUGGAGGUCCGCGCUGACAUUUUACACGUAUUUGGCAAAUAAGCGAUAAUUGGAAACUUGAAAAUAUUUGUUGUAUAUAUUUAAUUUUGUUUUCGGGCAGUUUAGGAACUGCAAUGAAUUAAUUUUCUCAUGAAAUGAGUGGCAAUCUUGCACUUGAAACAGGAGAAUGGUGCCUUAUGUGUGCAAAAUGGUUCAGUCCAACUAUUUCAAAUGGCUAUGACUAAUAGAUCUUCCUGCGUGUAAUUAAGUUGAAUAUAACACAAGCACUUACUGCUAGCGAUCUGCACUUAAUCUUUUUUAUCUAUGUUGUGAUGUCUGUGAUGUCGUCCACAUAUUAUCUCCUGUGCUGUAAUUUUGUUUUAGCAUUUCAUUAAAGAUUAAAGUUUUUAUUUUCA